AUGUCUGCGAAAGGUCAGAAUGUAGUUGUUGUAGUUGAGUUACUUUUAAUAAAAUUAUUAUCGUUGACCAUUUAUCCAGAAAUGUACAUCGUUUAA